UUCAUCCAGUCGCUUCAUAUCUCAUAAGGUUAAUACCUUAAAAAAUUCCUUCCUUAUCUUUGAAUAUCCCUUUAUACCCCCAAUUCAGCGUUUCGUAAUGGCUUCCGCCGAUGUCGAGUUCCGCUGCUUCGUUGGCGGUCUGGCUUGGGCUACCACUGAUCAUGCCUUGGAGCAGGCCUUCAGCGCCUAUGGCGAUGUCGUUGAAUCGAAGAUCAUCAACGAUCGUGAGACUGGUAGAUCCAGAGGGUUUGGAUUUGUUACCUUCCGUGAUGAGAAGUCGAUGAGGGACGCGAUUGAGGGAAUGAACGGUCAGAAUCUGGACGGUCGUAACAUCACCGUGAACGAAGCUCAAAAUCGCGGAAGUGGCGGAGGGGGUGGCUACAACCGCGGUGGAGGUGGAUAUGGUGGUGGAAGGCGUGAAGGUGGAGGCGGUGGCUAUAACCGUGGAUAUGGCGGUGGUCGGCGUGAGGGAGGUGGUUAUGGAGAUGGCGGAUCUAGGUACUCGAGAGGUGGAGGAGGCUCGGAAGGUAGCUGGAGGAACUAGGGUUUGUGUUUGGGCAUAUGUUAUGUAUUAACUGAUGGUUAAAUUUCGUUUGGUUUCGACGAGUUUGGUGCUGUUUUUAUGAUCUCUGUUAAGAAAAAAAUUAAAUGGAAAUGAAGUAUACUUCUUUUCA